GUCGGAUGGCAAUAAAGGAAGUGCGCCCUCAAGCGCCAGGACUGUUAAUGACCGGUAAAUACGAAAAAGUGACGAGGAAAUCGUUUACAAAAACACAGGCAGUGCAGAUUGAAGAUGACUUCAACCUUUCGCUUCCCGAUUCUUCCUAUUGAUGAGUUGAUAAAUUGGUUAAGAGUGGAGUUACAGCUUGAUGACCUCAACAUCACCGAAGAGGACUUCAAGAACCCGCAGCCGCAUCGUGUGCAAAUGAUCUACCGCAUGAUCCUGGAGACGGUGAUGGGAAUUCGACAGGAGAAAAUCAUCCAGCCUCACUUUGAGGCGGUGCAACAGCUUUCAUACCCGGAAUUCUUUGAGGAGAAUAUCUCACUAGUCAACUUAGCCAUGGGCAUGACACGCUUCAUGGCAGCCUGCGAUGUGAAUGACUUUAAGCUGAAGGACCUCAGUAGCCCAAAGCCGAAACGAACUGUGCGCAUGAUCAGUGCCAUCAUCAACUUUUGCCGCUUCAAGAUAGCGCGCAUGGAGACAUACGAGAGAAUCCAAGCUGACGUGGACAGUGUGAAGGAGCAACAUAACCAUUAUCUACGACGAAUUGAUGAACUUAAGACUCAGAUAAACACCAUCAAGGCAAACCGGGCUGAGAAAGAGGUCCUCAUCAAAGAGAUGUCAGCCAAGGUUGAUGAGCUAGGAAGUACAAUGAAUGGUUACAAGCAGGAGCAGGCAUCACUGCAGCAGGGUAUCCACCAAGUCAAGACUGGCUGCUCCGAAAAAGCAGCUAAACUGGAGCAACUGAAGGUCAACACCCUCAAUGCCCGUGAGGCCUGCGACAAGCUCCGCCCCCAGAUCAUCCAGUCACCAGAGCGUAUCAAGACGGACAUGGCGCGCAUGCACAACGCCAUCGCCGCAGGCAAGAAGGCCACAGAAGAGAAAGGUCAGAGGUUACAGGAACUGAGCAGUCAGAAGGAGAACAUGUUGAAGUGGUGUGAGGCGGCUGAGACAGGGGUCAAACUACUGACAGCCAUCAACGCUGAACUGGACAAACAAAAUGAAGGGGUUCCUAAGUCUAAUGCUUUAAAUGCUCCCAUGCGCAUAAUUUGCCGAGACGGUACGUCACAACUGGUUAGUGUUCUUUAUUUAAUGAAUAAAAUUAAAGUUUGUGUGUUUUCAUAUGAACCCUUUCCUUCAUGCAGUAACCUUGCAAGUUGUUCACAGAAGCAACAGAAGAAAAUGGACCAUAUUGCUGCCAUCGAAGAGAAGAAAGCCCAAGUCCGACAACAGUUUGCUGAAGCCAAGAGUGGUCAUGCAGACAAGAUGAACACUGCCAGAGGGAGUUACUCAACAUUGCUGCACAGUAUUGACAGCUACCACAAGGACUUGGCAGAAACAUUUGAGGCGGCAAAUCCCAUCAAGAUACUCAGCAGCCACUAGGUAUCCAAAUCUAAUGUACAGAAGGCUCGUUUAUGACUGUAGCAUCAAAAAGAGUUCUCAGUUUUCAUGUGCAAAAAAGAUCAAAAUUAAAAACUGGUAAAACCGUGAUGGAUAUUGAAAGCCUGUGUUUAAUAACAGACAGCAUCAUAAAUCAAUGAUCCCAUAAUCAGAUGCCUUUAUCUGGCAAGUUGGCACAUGAAUAAAACAAUUGUUACGGUUUAAACUAAGUGCCAUGCAUAUUCAUGUAUUCGUAAUGAGCUAGCUCGGUAUUCCAAGAGUGCAUUCCCAAACUGAGGUGCAUCCGAGGCCAAUCAUUGAACAGCAGCAAACGCGCUCCGUAGUCUGUCUUAUUAGUGCUGGCAUACGCUGGAUUACAUGCAUGCUUUGUUCCCGAAAGACCCUAGCUUCAUGUAAGUAUCUAACUGGCUUAUUCUGUGGUACUAGACAUGUACAUUCUAGCCAUUAAGAAACCAAACUAUUUGUACUGUGGUUCCACAUUAACUCAAAUGCAUGAACAUUAAAUUUAUUUCUAUAUGUGGCUUUGCAUGAGGUAACGUUUUAUAUCCAUGUCAAAUACACAUCGAUACUAAAAUGAGGAAAGAAGGUACAUUUAUCCUGAUGCCAUUUGUGUUUAUCUUUUUUUCCCCCAAAUAGAUGUGGCUUUUUUCCUGCUUUCUUUAUUUCCAAA